GACCUCGGGGGCGCUGUCGACUUGUUGCGGGAGAAGCUCGCAGCGAUCAGGGCCAGACGUGGGAGCGCAAGGAAAGGCAGGAAGUGGCUGUGCCGCGUCCUUGCCGAACGCGCUCUCGAGGCCACGGCCGAGCUGAUCGUGGAGGCCGAGGAAAGGCAGAAACGGAGGAGGCAGAGGAAGGCUCGCAGCGUUCGAGACGACGAGGAGGACGAGAUGACCGACAGCAGCGACGACGAGGAGCUCGGGGCGCACGAGGAUACGGCAGUGCGUCGGACGGCCAAGGAACGGCCAGGAGCACUUCUCCAGUCCACCAUCGUGAUAAUGCAGCGCCACCUGGGCGGGUCGCACCAUCAGGGCGAGACCGAGGGAGCUAUGGAUACGAGGAGCUUGGGGACGAGCUACCUCAACCGGGCGCUGGGGCAGCCUGGGAUCAAGGUCCCCGUCCGGCGCGAGCGGGAGCUGCGGACGUUGGGGGCCAUCCUCGACGAGCUGCUCGCCGGCCGGAUCGUCCAGGCAGGGGACCUGGUCCAGAGGCUCCGUGCCCUCGAAGCCUCUUUGCAGGAAGAGGGAGGACGGUCUACCGCACGUCACCUGGAGGUGGUUCCAGACUCCAGGGUGACGACAGUGACGCCGAGUUUGAGGGCGAUGGCGUCGAAGACCGAGCGCGACGAGCAUAGGUCCAAGGCGGGCCUGCAGCCGCAGCGGCAGCCACCGCGCCAGGCGGAGGCGAGCUGGUGGAAGCAGGGCGAAUCGUGGAGCGACGCCGAGGACCUCCCGUCCGCCAUCACCCAGGAGGGCUCGGAGAAGCCGUGGAAAGGAAAAGGGGCGUCCGAGCAGCAGAGGCACGACGUCACCCAGAAGUACGCGGAGUAUUUGCGGAACGACGCUGGAGGUUGGCUACGAUAUCGUCUUCGCGAGCUUCGUGGUGCGAAGCUCUACUGCCACUGCGGCCUGGACCAGCCGUGCCACGGCGACGUGGGAUUGGCGUUGAAGUGCCAUCUCCGCUUUUGCGAGCAUCGGCAGUCAGAGGUGCUCUGCGAGGUGGCGGAGAGGUGCUGUGACGUCGAGCGGGGGGCAGCGACGGUCCGCGACCUGCUGCCCUUUCCGCUCUCGCCGUUGCCCACCGAGGCGGAGAAAGCGCCAGCCUUAGCAGCAAGCCGGGGGGAAGCAGAGGUGGUCGAGCAGGCUGGAAUCGAGGCGUGGAUGUAUCUCAUCAAGUGGUCUUUGAACCAUCUGAACAGUGGCCCAGCCAGGGCCGAAUCAGCAGCCCAGCAGGCAGCGCUGGACCAGUUGAGGUUGUACGUGGGCGAUUUCGUGAAGGGCCAUGACAUCCCUUUCGUCGACUGGGCUGAAACCUUACGUCACGCCCGACUGGAUUACCAGGGGGAGGAGAUGAAGGUCCCAGAGAAACUUACGUGGGAGCAGAUCGAACCGGCGCUGCCCCCAGUAGGACAAUCAGCGAGGGUGCGCGCGACUGGGCUUGUCCAGGGCGUGCUGAAGCACAACUUGGAGAACCCUCAACUUUGCCUGUUGCCCGAGGGGGAGUGGCCUACGGCAGUGCCCACUGCAAAGGUGUGGGUCGACGGCGAGGCCGACUGGCACCGAAUUUGCCAAGGAGCAGCUCGGAGGGGAAUCUUUUCUUUCAUCUCCGAGCGUGACGUCUUCAAAGUGAAGGGCACGCCAGUUUUGAAUGGCUUGUUCGGCGUCCCCAAGCGCAACAAGAAGCUGCCGGUCACGGACAAGGCAAUUCUGCGCCUCAUCCUCACCGCCAUCCCGACCAACAGCUACCAGAAGGUCCUCGAGGCGGACAUCAGGUGUCUACCGUACCACAUGCAGUGGGCCGGCAUCCAGCUGGAGGAUGAGCAGGUCCUUGUGUGGUCAGAGAGCGACAUGACUUCGGCCAUCUACAAUUUUCGCAUGGAACCUGAAUGGUUGAAGUAUCAGGCGAUUGGGCGCGCGGUGCCUGGUCGCAUCGCAGCUGAAUUCUGA